AUGUCCGCUCUCUCGUUCAGCGCCGCGGUCGCGUCCCGCCCCGUCAUCGCGCGCGCGCCGACCAAGGUGGCGCGCGUCACCGGCGUCGUCGCCCUCGGCGGCUUCGGUCCCAACAUGCCGAAGGAGGACUACCUGAAAAAGAUGGAAGCGAAGAAGAAGCUCAUCGCGGAGAACAAGGCGAAGGCGGCGGCGAAGAAGGGCGGCGCGACCGGGGGGUUUUCCUUCGGCGCGAAGAAGGCGGAGGCCAAGGCGGCGGAACCGAAGAAGAGCGGGUUCUCCUUCGGGAAGAAGAAGACCGCGCCCGCGCCGGAGCCGAAGAAGAAGGGUCUGUUCGGGUUCGGGAAGUGA